GUAGUGGUUAAGAGCUCGGUUGCUAACCCAAAGGUCGGCAGUUCGAAUCCACUAGCUGCUCUGUGGAAACCCUGUGGGGCAGUUAUACUCUGCCUGUAGGGUCACUGUCAGUCGGUAUUGAGUUGAUGGUAAACGAGUAAGAAUAUAGAGAAGAGAGAAGCAGUUUCAUAAAUGUUUAAUUCUUUGUUCUGGGACCUUAGAGUUUUUAAGAUCCUUUUAAUGAGCCAGUUUUGUAUCCAAUGCCUCACUCCCCUUUCUAAGUAGGUGAAAUCACUUAGUGAGUAAUAGGUUUGGGACUAGAGGCUGUUUGGAUUUCUAGGCGAGUCCUUUUUCAAUUCUAUCACACUGUUAAACUAGUUUCUAAUUCAGGAAAAUAAAAAGAAUACAAUGGGGAAAGAUAAGAAUGAUUAAACAGACUCUAGGGGAGAAUCUGGGAUUAGAAGCACAAACUGCUUGUCUUCUUUAUACACCAGACAAGUUUUCAGAUUUUCCUAUAUCUUAAUAUAUUUGUGAGACAGUGCUGGUUUACCGUCUAAUAGUUGUUUGAAAGGAAUUUUAAUUUAAAUGAGGUGUUCCAAAAACUAAAAGAUGACUAAUCUAAUGUUAAUUCUACUAAGUGAUAAUAUUGUGUAUGUGGUGCUCUUUUCUAGAUCAUUUGCAUAUCUUACAAUUAAGGACAGAACACCACAGAUCUUAACUAAGGUUAUCGAUACACUGCAUCGGCAUAAAAAUGAAUUUUUUGAGAAACACGGAGAGGAAGGUACAGAAGCUGGAAAGAAAGCUAUUUCUCUUCUUUCUAAAUUACGGAAUGAAUUGCAAACAGAUAAACCGAUUGUCCCUUUGGUGGAGAAAUUUGUUGAUACUGACAUAUGGAAUCAGUACUUAGAAUAUCAACAGAGUCUUAUGAAAGAAAGCGAUGGAAAGCCCAGGUGGUUUCACUCACCGUGGUUGUUUGUCGAGUGCUACAUGUAUCGCAGAAUUCAUGAAGCACUUACGCAGAGUCCACCAAUUGAUGACUUUGAUGUAUUUAAAGAAUUAAAAGAACAAAAUUUCUUUGAGUCACAGGAAUCUAUCAUUUCUUUAUGUACUUACCUGCAAGAAUUGAUGAGAACUAUUGAAGAACUAGAUGAAGAUCAGCUGAAAAAUGAGUUUUUUAAAUUUCUGCAGAUUUCUCUGUGGGGAAAUAAGUGCGAUCUGUCUCUAUCAGGUGGGGAAACUAGUUCUCAGAAGAACGAUUUAAUAAGUUCUCUGGAAGACCUAAAACCUUUCAUUUUAGUGAAUGACAUGGAACGCCUUUGGUCAUUGCUUAGCAAGAAAACAAGAGAAAAAGCAUCUGUUAGAGUGGAUAUUGUUCUGGAUAAUUCUGGGUUUGAACUUACUACAGAUUUAGUAUUAGCUGACUUCUUACUGUCCUCUAAACUGGCUACUGAGAUCCAUUUUUAUGGGAAAAGGAUUCCAUGGUUUGUGUCUGAUACUACUAUACAUGAUUUUAAUUGGUUAAUUGAACAAGUAAAACAUUCUAAUCAUAAGUGGGUAGCCAAGUGUGGGGUUGACUGGGAAAACUGUGUUAAAAUGAGCAGAUUGGUUUACCAUGAUCAUAUAUUUUGGACUUUGCCUCACGAGUACUGUGCAAUGUCUCAGGUUGCUCCUGACUUAUAUGCAGAGCUACAGAAAGCAGAUUUAAUUUUAUUCAAGGGUGAUUUGAAUUAUAGGAAGUUGACAGGUGACAGAAAAUGGGCAUUUACCAUUCCAUUUCAUCAGGCUUUGAGUGACUUCCACCCUGCUCCUCUUUGCAGCAUAAGAACAUUAAAAGCUGAGAUUCAGGUUGGUCUACAGCCGGGCCAAGGUGAAGAGCUUGCAGCCUCGGAGCCCAGCUGGCUCACCAGUGGGAAGUAUGGAAUCUUCCAGUUUGAUGGUCCCCUAUGAUUGGGUUUCUGAGCUCUCAGUUGUGUAGAAAGGUCUGAUGAGCGCUUUUCAUCCCCAGACAAGCAGUGUGUGAGACCUGACUGCUCCAUGUUAGCUCUGGGAAGUUAGAUUCUCAGGGCUUAUUUCCAUACACACUGGAUGAUUUUGUUCUUUGAACAUUUUGCCCCAUUCCAUUGUUUUGGGGAUAGAUGGCUUAAGUUAGUUACAGAUAUUAUAUUUAUGUUGGAAUUUUAGUAACUUAUUUCAAGAUGAAUGUACAAUUCCAAGUGGUUUUGAUGAACUUAUUUUCAGUUGGGUAGAAAGCAAAAUAUGAGUGAAUUCUGGUUUUAAAAUUAGUUAAACCUUUUUUUUUUUUUUUUUUAAAUACUAUAGUGCAUGGUAUUUAACAUUCUAGGAAGCAUGGAAUUUUAUUUAACUUGAUUUGGGGCUCCUGAAAUAAGGAUCCCAUGAAAAUAUACAUUUUAAUGACUCUUUACAAAGAGAGGCAUUUCUUACAACUGUGAUGUUUGGACACAUGAAAGUAAAACUUACCUCAUAAGUUAAUUCUAACUUUUGUUGUUCUUGACUUAUUUCAUUUCAAAUAAUAGCUUGUUUUAUUUGCAAACAUUUGUAUUACAUUUGACCUGUGGAAUGGAUGGUAGGAAACACAAAAUUGAAGAGGAUGAAGCAGAUGGUAUUUGGAGAAAUGGAUAAUGUUUUACCUUUCAUUUAUGAUACCCAUGAUCAGCUGAAGUACGUUCUGUUACCACAUAACUGUUUUAAAUGAGCAGACUUUUAGUUUGCACUACAAUUGUUAAAAAAUGCUUUAGAUAGAAAAGAUUCUUGUGCAUCAAGUUUAGAGUACUACCAACAAAUGAAUUAAUUCAUUUUUUAUAUUUCUUACACAUUUAUUUGUCAUCACCACAGCUAUUAAAGACUAUAAAUUUUAUGUCAGUUUAUUCUGAAGCUAAAAUUGGAAACAGACCUGGAAAUGUUUUCUUGCACUGGAAUAAUAAAAUGAAUUGUACUGAAAAUCUUGGUUUUAUUUUCCAAUGGGGAAUGCCAAAAAUGGAAGACUUAAAUGAGGUCUGUAUGAGUUUAAAAUGAAACUUUAUUAAGAAACUCAUAAUGUGCAUUAUAGACAUUGCCAAAAGCAGUUUUUAAUAAUGCCACUUACAAAUGAGUUUAUAGUCUGCAUCCUUGCUAAUCUUAAAUUUGGCUUUUGGGUUUUUGUG